GUUAAUAUAUUGUCACAGUUUGUUCAUCGUCCAGGUCCAGAACAUGUAGCAGCAGCAAAUCGUGUCUUACGAUACUUGAAGAAGUCACCUGGUCAAGGCCUAUUCUUUCCUAAGUCUGGAGACUUGGAGCUGGUGGCAUACUGCUAUGCAGAUUGGGCAGGAUGCCAAACAACCAGGCGCUCAACUACUGGAUAUUAUAUACAGUUAGGGGGAGCGCCCGUGUCAUGGAGAACAAAGAAACAGAAGGUUGUCUCGAGGUCUUCUGCUGAAGCAGAAUACCGAGCCAUGGCGAGCACUGUUAGCGAAGUCCUUUGGCUGCGGUUCCUUCUUGAGGAGCUAGGUGUUCGGCAACAGGGUUCCAUGCCGCUUUACUGCGAUAAUCAAGCUGCAUUACACAUUGCAGCCAAUCCCGUUUUCCAUGAGAGAACGAAGCAUGUAGAAAUGGACUGUUACUUCGUUCGUGAGCAAGUUGCGUCAAAGGAGAUUGAGCCAAAGAAGAUUGGAACCGCGGCGCAGCAAGCAGACAUUUUUACAAAGGCAUUGGGAAAUGAACAGUUUCACACGCUGCUAUCCAAGUUGGGUGUUCGGGAUCUUCACACUCCAACUUGA